UAUCAAUAUGCCUAUCCAGGCACGAAGAGCCUCUUUCGAGCGCCAUAACAUUUACCAAGAUGUCCAAGCUGAUGCAAACAAGUCGGGUGUCGCUGUCGAAGAGAUCGUCACAGCGCGAAUCACCGAAGACCAUCUGAUCACCAAGUCUCGGGAAGCUUUGUCUCUCAAGUCCAAAGCUGGCUUUCGCAUCUUUCUCAUCAUGGUGACCAUGGGCUUCAAUCAAGCUGCAUAUGGUAUCGACUGGGGUGUUAUCAGCAGCAUCAACUCCAACACCUAUUGGCAUGACUACUUCGGUUUCGCAAACAGCGGCUCGACACUCGGUGUCAUCAACGCUCUCAUGACCAUCGGCAACUUUUGCGGCGCUCCAUUCCUCAGUGUUGCGGAUAAGAUUGGUCGUCGCAGCGUCAACUUUCUCGGCUGUUUUCUCACUAUUGUUGCUUCUCUCAUUCAGUGCUUUGCCCCGAAUGUCAAGGUCUUUAUGUUUGGCCGCUUUGUCCUUGGCUUUGGUACCGCGCUUUGCACGAGCUCGCAGUACAUCGCAGAAGUUGCACCCCCUCAUAUCCGUGGACACAUCGUUGGAAUCUUUGGUGCCUUCUUCCAGGUUGGCUCUCUUGCCAUCGUCGGUAUCAUGAUGGGAUUUACUCACUGGGAAAGUAACUGGAGCUGGAGAGUGGCGUUUCUUAUCCAAGCCAUCUUUCCUUUCUUUGUGUGCGUCACUAUCUACUGGUUCUGCCCCGAAUCACCACGAUACAUGAUCAUGAAGGGUCAGAGAGAAAAGGCUCGCACCAUGAUUUCGAAGUACUUUACUUCCUCGGAAGAUCCUAACCACCCAUUCGUCGACACCAUGAUAGCUCAGAUUGAUGAGUCCAUUGAGACUUCUGCGGUUGGAUUCCGUGCUGUGUGGGACUUUAGAGUCUUCUUUACCAAGGCUGUCGGCUUUCGAACCUUUGUCCUUCUCCUCUAUUCGAUCUUCCAACAGUGGAAUGGUGGCGGCAUCAUUGGACUCUAUAUGGACCCAGCGCUCCAAACAAUCGGCAUUACCAAGAAGCUCGAUGUUUUGGGCAUCACACUAGGUCUGACUGCCACUUACUUUGUGUUCACUCUCUUUGGUGCAUACAUUAUCGAAUAUUUCCGCCGACGAACUCUGAUCUUUGUGGGCUUAAUAUGUAUCAUCAUUGCGCAAACCGCUGUCACAAUUACAAGUUGGCGAGUCAAUGUGCAAGGAGACAGGUACCUGUCUUAUCUUACAGUUGUCUGGAUCUACUGUUUCCAAGUCUGCAGCGCGUCUUUUAUAGCGACGAUGCACAACUUGUACCCGGUUGAACUAUUGUCUCUGCCUUUGAGAGCAAAGGGAAUGGCACUAUACACGAUGUUCCAGGGUGCUGCCGGCGUCGUCCACAAUUACGGCAUUUCAGUUGGGAUCCAGAAAGUCGGAUACAAGAUUUGGGCCGUCUACAUUGCCUACAACGUCAUCCAGCUUAUCGUGGCUUACUUCAUCUUCCCCGAGACUGGAAAGCUCAAUCUGGAAGAGAUUGACCACAUUUUUGAAACCAAGAAUACUAACCCCACCAAGCUGAGUGUCAAGAUUGCAGACGCUAAAUGGGCUUCAAUCAAGGAGGAAAAGAGGCGGGCUCGUAACAAUCCCACGGUAGCUUAGUUAUAGUCGCUUUGAAACAGGACAGUCGUAUGUAUCAGUCAAGAAUAUUCCCGCAAUUUAACGUUUGGCUUAUCACGUCGCAACAGUCAACAAUUGGUGCCCAACCGCUUUCCGAGUAACUGUCAAUUGAUACGCGUAUACCCACCA